GGUAAGGGCCCCCCGCGCUCGCCAUGGCCGCGGCUGGAACUCUCGCCUCAGCCCGGGAAAGCCGGCGCCGGGCAGCGGAGGCGACACCCUGACACAGCAACCGCACCGCUCCCCUCGGCCGGAAAGCGUCAUCAACAAGUGCCCGACCUCCGCCCCAGAGCGACUGGAGACCGCCUAUCCCGGCCUGCGGAGCGCCACCGAGAGAGGAACGGCCCGCUCGGAAGUGGCGCGUUGCGUGCUGGGAGUUGUAGUCUUAGUAAACAACGGACGUUAGGGCAGGUGCGUUGCAUGCUGGGAGCGGUAGACAACCAGUGCAGAGAGCUUUGCAACACACCGGGACUUGCAAUGGGUUUUUCCAGUGCCCGGAGAAGUUUAAAAUAAAGAAAAUGGCUAGCAAUCACAAGCCACCUACAGCCCGUCCUGCUUCAAGAGGUGUGGGGCUGACAACCAGGCCUUCUUCAUCCUUGUUACGGACUCCAUCAGCUGCCAGAGUGGGAACAGGGAUGAUCCCUGGUACAUCACGACCUGGUACUCGUGGUGGUCUAAUAGGUACUGGAGGGGUGUUGUCAUCUCAGAUUAAAGUUGCAGACCGUCCAGUGACACAACAAGGAUUAAGCGGAAUGAAAACUGGAGUGAAAGGUCCUCAGAGACAGAUUAUGGAUAAAUCCUAUUAUCUUGGACUUCUUAGAAGCAAAAUAAGUGAACUCACAACAGAAAUAAAUAAGCUUCAAAAAGAAAUAGAAAUGUAUAACCAGGAGAAUUCUGUCUAUCUUUCAUAUGAAAAGAGGGCAGAGAUUUUAGCUGGUGAAAUCAAAGAAUUUCAAGGUCAACUAGCAGACUACAAUAUGCUAGUGGAUAAACUUAAUACCAAUACAGAUAUGGAAGAAGUGAUAAGUGAUUAUAAUAUGCUAAAAACUCAAAAUGACCGAGAAGCUCAAAGUAUUGAUAUAAUUUUUACAGAGAGACAAGCCAAAGAAAAGUUAAUUCAAGCAGUGGAAGAAGAUAUUGAACGUGAAAAACAAGUAGCUGAUGACAUAAUAAAAAAUAUGUCUCAGGAGAAUCAAGCUAAAUAUGUGGAGAUGAAGGAUACCAAUGAAAAACUGUUACAGGAAUUAGAUGCUCAGCAGCAGGAGUUGGAUGCAUUGAAUGUAAAGGAAGACACUCUAGGAGCUGAAAUAGCGCACUCCCAGGUAAAACAAGAGGCUGUGCAGCUGUAUGAAAAACUUCAUGGCCUUGAGGAACAUCGAGAUCAAAUGAUUGCUGAGGACAAGAGUAUGGGAUCUCCACAGGAAGAAAGAGAGAGAUUACUGAAACAGGUUAAAGAAGAUAACCAGGAAAUAGCAAGUAUGGAAAGACAGCUGACAGAAAUAAAAGAAAAAAUCAAUCAUUUUAAUGAGGUUAUUCGACGACUUGACAUGGAUCUGGAGGAACAGCAAGGGGAGAAAAAUAUGAAAUACAAGGAGCUGAAGAAGAGGGAGGAAAGCAUGGACAACUUUCUUGAGACUUUUGAAGAGAUGAAGACACAGGAACUGGAACGGAAGGCACAGAUAGAGGCCAACAUUGUUGCACUGUUAGAGCAUUCAAGUAGGAAUGUCAAUCGUAUGAAACAGAUCUCCUCUGUCACAAAUCAAGAGCUGAAGAUUAUGCAGGAAGACCUCACUUUCAAAUCAAAUGAAAUGCAAAAGUCACAGAGCACUGCUAAAAAUUUAAGUACAGACAGUCAAAGACUGCGAAUGGACUUGCAGAAAAUGGAAUUGUUGGAGGGUAAGAUGGUUGAUGAACAGGCUUCUCUCAAAGAAAAAAUUGAACAGAUGACAAAGGACUUGGAAAUGUACAAUAAUUUGCCAGCUCUGAAAGCAUCAGGAGAAGAGAAGAAAAAGAAACUUCAUGAGGAAAAAGAAAGAUUGUUAAAACGUAGAGAUGCCUUCAAGAAAAUAAUGGAACAACUGAAUGCAGAGUAUGAAACACUAAAGACACAGCUUCAGGAGAAUGAAACACAUUCCCAGCUUACAAAUUUGGAAAGGAAGUGGCAGCACCACGAGCAAAAUAACUUUGUGAUGAAAGAAUUCAUUGCAACAAAAAGUCAGGAAAGUGACUACCAGCCAAUAAUGAAGAAUGUGAGUAAGCAGAUUGCAGAAUAUAACAAAACUCUCAUAGAGUCUUUACAGAACACCAGGAACUGAACCCAGGCACUUCCUUCCUGCUCCAGUGGCCCAACAAUAGGUGUGCACAAGCACAGAAGAAACCUGGACUGCUGAGCUAAAAGCUAACAGUAGCACAGUAGGUGCAUUUAAAAAAACCUCUUCCAGUUACAGACAGAUGAGUUUUCCACAGUUGUCUUUAUUUUAAAUAUAGUGAAUAUCCCUGAAAGCUUUAAAGCCAGAGGGGAUAUUCGAAGGGAGCCUACUGGAUACACACUCUGGAUAUGAAAAUAUAGUUUGCUCUACAUAGUUAACUAUUUGGGCCCCAAUCCUGCAGUUCUUACUCAAGCAAAAAUGAUUUGGGCUCAGUACAGUAUUCCUCUCAGGCAAUACUGAGUCAGGACUGAACAUCUGGUCCUUUGUUGUUGGUAAACAAUUAUCUUAAACCUUAUUAAAAUAGAUAGAUAAGAUCAUCAGCUGAUGUGAAUCAGCAUAGCUCUCUCAUAGCACCAGAGUAUACAGUCCAGUGUCUCUUCUGAUCAGAAGCUCUUUUUAUAUAAAAACUUUCAGAGCAGGAAAACAAAUGUAGGACUAACAGUAAGAAGGUUCUUUCAGUGUAUUUUAUUUUUUGUAAAGGACAAUAUAAUAACAGGAGAUUCUAAUAAAACUUAAAGGUUUUUCUCCAUCCUGAUUGUGUAGUUUUAUGUUUUUCACCAAUAAAGAAAUUA